AUGAAGUCUGUCGCUUUGGCAGGCGCGCUCUUCAUGGGCAUCCUCGUGGGCAGCGCCUCCGGCCGACCUCUUGGUAACCACCAGCACUCGCGCAGAGUGUUGUCAGAGCUAACAGUCACAGUAAACAAACGUGCUCUGGUCACCGAGGUCGUCUACGUCACCGAGACUGUCGCCAAUGUUGCUGUCUACGUUGACGAGAAUGGCACGCCCUACUCGACUUCUACCGAAGUCUUCAGCACGAACUCGUCCAGUGUGGCAGUCGUUACGACUCCUGAAGCUCCUCAGAAGGCGACCGAGUCGACGCCUACACCAGAGCCCAUGCCGUCAUCGGUCGCACCAGUUCCGCCUGUUACAUCGUCGUCUGCGUCGUCGUCGGCUGUGCCAGCGCCGCCUGUUGUAUCAUCCUCCGCUUCGCCUUCACCCAUCUUGACUACCUCAAGUGUUGCACCAUCAUCAGCCAAGGAGGAAGGCGUUCCGACCUAUGCGGCUCCAGAGACUCCAGCGCCGACUUCUAAAGAGGCACAGCCAUCUACCACCUCUCCGCCACCAGCGCCUUCUUCUGUGGAGUCCGCUACGCCUCCACCCCCGGCUUCGUCGUCAUCUGUGCCUACUGAUACCAAGGGCGAUGAUGGCAGCCUUCCGCUUGGUAUCACGUAUGAUGUAUUGACUGGCUCAGGCCAGAACACUGCUUGCAAGAGUAGGGACCAGAUCGCCAAGGAGUUGGACCAGAUGAAGAGUUUCAAGGCUAUCCGGCUUUACGGAAAUGAUUGCAACAGCGUCCCUCAGAUUCUCCAAAGCGCCGUCAAGAACAACCAGAAGCUUGUGGCUAGUAUCUGGCGUCCUACAGAAGAUCUUAAUGGAGUCAUCCAGAUCUACCAGGACGCUAUCAAGCAGUAUGCUGGGGGCGACUGGAGCGUCGUCGCAUUGUUCUCGGUCGAGAAUGAGCGGGUUCAGUCCGGGGCGAUGACAGCUUCCGAGGUGGUCGAUGCCAUCCACCAGGCUCGCGGCCAACUUCGAAGCCUCGGAUACAACGGACCUGUAGGCGCAGUCGAGACUGUCCCCGCCAUGAUUAGUAACCCCGCCAUCUGUGAAGCUGCAGAUGUCGCCAUGGUCAACAGUCACGCAUUCUUCGACGGAAAUGUUCAGCCCAAGGACGCCGGCUCUUUUGUCAAAUCUCAGGUCGCCAUGGUCAAGAAAGCUUGCAACAACAAGCGCGUCGUCGUCACAGAGUCUGGCUGGCCUCACCAGGGCGACACAAAACAGAACGCUGUGCCCUCCCAAGAGAACCAGAAGGUUGCUAUGGCGUCUAUCCGGGAGAACUUCGAUCACGACAUGAUCUUGUUCAACGCAUUUGAUUCACCCUGGAAGUCCGAUGACGCCUCGACUUACAACACCGAGCGCUUCUGGGGUAUUAUGCAGUAA